AAUUAUUGAAUUGCAGUAUGUAACAUUAAGUUGCAGUUUGCACAUAAAAAAAACCUGCUUUUGUUUUUAUUAAAUGGAACACACUUCAAGCGUGUUAACCAGUAAGUGACACAAAUGUUUCACUUGCAGGAACAACAGUAAUUUAUUUAUUAUUUUAUUUCUGUAUUUUAUAUAUUAAGAAGACGUCAAAUAUAUUAACAACAUAAUAUAACAAAUUUAAAUACAAUAUAUAUUAAUUAAAAUUUUUCUGCUACACAUUAAAUCUGAUAACAAAAAAGGAUCUUGAAUUAUGUCAUACAUGAAUCAACAAAAUCAGGAAAACAAAUAUGGUCAACUUGCUCGUAAAUUAUUGAAGAUAGCUACAAUGUCUGGCAGUAAAGUCGUAUUUCGUCGUGCCGAUCAACCUUCAGAUACAGUUACCGAGCUUUUACAUGAAAUUGGCACCACGGAUAGGGCAAUUGGGGAUGUUACAGCCGAAGUGAUGUUAACUACAUUAGGUAAAAUUCCAAGUGAAAUGUAUUAUUUAGAAGAUACAACUUGCAGUGCAAAAUUAACAACGCCUAAAAGCAGUUUGCAACAAACACACGCGUAUGGACACGCUGUUGCAGCAACAGAGGAAACAAUAAGAAAUGGCAACGAACACGGUAGCCAUUCGUCUAUAUUAAUUAUUUUAUUAAUUACACUUCUGGUAAUACUGUUGUUAUGUUGCAUAAGCGCAUGUCUCAUAACUAAAACAAAAAGAAGAAACAAUUUCUUUGGAAGAUCUGACACAGAAUGCGACCCAAGAUGUAGCGGUAUAAAUCAGCCUCUAUUAGAUAAAAUUUCAGAUUGUACAAAUAAAACGAGCAUUAGUUCUCUGAGAAACUAAAGAUAAAGAACAUGGUAUGAGCCUAUAUUAAAGUUACAUUUCUUUAUUGAACAAAGUACUAUUUUAAAUUCCAAUGCUAUACAACAUGAUAAUGCACAUAUACUACAUUGAAAUACAUAUAAAUACAUAGCAUGAUGAAACAGCAUAUAAAA